UCUGUCAUACCGCCCAGUGUUACUGUACCACUUGCCACAUGAUCUUUUUCUCUUAUCUACACCCUCCACAAUAAUUCCAUCCUCAAGCCAUCUCUAAGCUAUCAACACGCACAAAUUCACGGUGAACAGAGGCAGCAUCAUCUCACUGAUCAUGCCGCCUCUUCCUCCACUCAGAAACCUCAUAUUAGUACUCCUCUCUGUAGCCUUCUCGGCUAAGAUUUCGGUCUGUGCGAUGAACAAGCACUUCCAAAACUGCAGCAUCCCCAGAACCUGUGGUGGCCACAGCAUCACCUUCCCAUUCUCCAUCCUACACCAACAAUCCUCUUACUGUGGCUUCCCUGGCUUCGAAUUAGCUUGCAUCGACAACACUCCAAUCCUCAAUGUCUCAGGCAAUGACUACGUCAUCCAUGAUAUCUUUUACAAGAACCAGUCUGUCCGCAUCUCCAACUCCGCUGUCUCGAAUAAUUCGACCUUCUCCUGCACGCCUGAUCUCAAGAACUUGACCCUUCCAUCGACUCAGUUCCAAAUUGAUCCGAACAUCACCGCCCCUCUCUUUCUCCUCUACAACUGCAACAUUUCUAGCCAUGCGGAUUACCUUCUUGGGUCAAGGAUUACUUGUGCUGGAAAAGAAGGCCAGGAGAGUGUUGUUCUAGCGAUUUAUGGAGAUGACGAAGAUAGGGAAGUGGUGGAGGCGUCAACCAAGUGCCAGUCAGCGGUAAAGGCGCUGGUGGCGGCAGAGUGGAGAGGGCGGAGGGGAGAGAUAGAGGAGGUGCUGAGGAGUGGCUUCGUGCUGAAUUGGACAGCGCCCCAUUGUAGCGCGUGCGAGGAGAGUGGUGGCAAAUGCGGAUUCAAUCUCGAGCGCUUCAGGUGUUACUGUCCUGACGGGGCUUAUGCUUCGGUUUGUGUUCGUGCCAAACAAGGCGAUUUGGUGAUGAAAGUCACAAUAGCUGCAUCAGGAGUUGGAAUUGCAGUUUUCAUUCUUGGAGUCUAUUCCUUUAGGGAGAAACCGCUGAUAAGAAAACGUAUUGCUUUGAUGAUGGGAAAGAAAGAACAUUCUGCGGCCGCACAGCAAAUCGAGGGACUGAUCUUUUCGAGGAGAUAUACCUACAAAGAUAUCAAGAGGAUGACCAAUUCUUUCCAGGAAAAGUUGGGUCAAGGAGCUUAUGGUCGUGUGUACAAAGGCAAGCUUCAAGACGGUCAAUUUGUGGCCGUGAAGCUUUUAAAGAAACUGAAAGGCGAUGGAGAAGAAUUUAUCAAUGAAGUUGCUAGCAUUAGCAGGACUUCUCAUGUCAAUGUUGUCAGCCUUCUAGGCUUUUGCUUUGAGGGAAGCAAAAGAGCUUUAGUUUAUGAGUUCAUGCCGAAUGGAUCACUGGAAAAGUUCGUAUUCAAAAGCAACACUUUAGAGGCAAAUAAGCAAUUGAGUUGGGAGACAUUAUACAGCAUCUCGCUAGGCAUAGCACGAGGGCUAGAGUACCUGCAUCAAGGCUGUAAUGCCAGGAUCUUGCAUUUCGAUAUAAAGCCUCACAAUAUUCUUCUCGAUUGUAAUUAUUGUCCGAAGAUUUCCGACUUCGGUCUUGCCAAAAUAUGUCCUAGAGAAGAGAGUAUUGUGUCGAUGUUGGGUGCACGCGGCACUGCAGGCUACAUUGCUCCGGAAUUGGUGAUAAGGAACAUCGGAGGGGUUUCUCACAAAUCGGAUGUCUACAGUUACGGCAUGAUGGUUCUGAAAAUAGUCGGCGUGAGAAAAAACGUUGAAGUUGGGGUGGACCGUACUAGCGAAAUAUAUUUUCCUCAUUGGAUUCACGAACGCCUUGAACUUCAGGAAGAACUCGGGUUGCAUGAUAUCACGAAUGAGGAAGACGAAGGAAUCACGAAGAAGAUGAUCAUAAUCAGCUUGUGGUGCAUUCAGAUUGAUCCGAGAGCUCGACCAUCGAUGACUCAAGUCGUGGAGAUGCUGAGAGGAAGUGUUGAGGCCUUGCAAAUUCCCCCCAAACCAACCUUGUCUUCCCCCUCAUCGAGAUCCCUGACAGCUACUACAGAGGGGAGUUCGCUGCUACAAUUUGGUGUUACUACAGCAACUGCAUAAAUUUAUAUGAGAUACUUCUUUUGAGAUCUCUCCCAGCUUGUCUUGGUGAAAGUGUGUCUCUCCAAAAGAGUAAUGACUCCAGUCGGGAUUAAUUCAAUGUCAAUUAUACGAGACCGAUACUGUUUGUAACA